CCCCUCCCUUAGCAUAGCAUAACAACAGCAACGAUGUCUGUUCUCCCCAACACACAAGCCCACUACCGUCUUCCCUCGAUCCACUCGUUGGACUUGGAUCUCCCGGUUCCCAACGUGGCGCCGGCCUACGCUUCGUACUACAGUCCCAAACCAUCAAGCCAACCGUCAGGCCCUUCACCACUGGUGGUGGCGGUACAACCACAGCCAUCACAAUAUUCAUCGGCAGGGUCCACCGGCUCCACCACCACUACACAUCAACUAGGAUUGCCACAUAUCAUGCUUCAACCGAUUAAAUAUGAACAACAACAACCGCUGGUGCAAGCACCUUCUCUCACUCAUUCUGGUUCAUCUUUGAAAUCCCCACCUCGUAUACCUUUCAUAUCUCCUAUUCUGUCGCCUGCAUACAACCACGCCGCGGGAGGAUUAUCGACAUUGUGUGCCGUUGCAACUCGUCGAUCGAGUGAUCCUUCCCAAUUUGGCGGCGCUGCUGCCGGCGCUGCUGCCGGCGCAGGUGCAGGACAGGCCCCCACCACCACGACGACCCCAUUCAAUGAUAAUGACACAAAAACCAACUUUAUGAUAAAUAAUUCUACCCAUACUCCAAUUCUGAUGGGAUCUCUGACCAUUCAUUCGGAAGAAGAGGAACAAGAUACCACUUACCAUGAGGUAGGUACCAAGCAAGAACAUGAUCAAGAAGAAUUAAAGUUGUCUACUGCUAACUCUCCUGCAUCCGGCGGCGCACAACAAUCUUCAUCCGGAAGUUCCGCCGCGCCAUUUCCGACCACCACCACCACCCUCGAAAUUGCCAAUGAAUCAUCAAAUCCCAAAGUAAAUAAAUCCCUUUGGAAACCUCGGAAGAAGAGACAAUGUCCGGAAUGUCAUUUAUUCUUCUCCAACUUGGCAACCCAUAAAUCAACCCAUCUUAAACCAACAUCAAGACCACAUGUUUGUGAAUAUUGUAAUCGAGGAUUUGCCAGACCCAAUGAUUUGUUCCGUCACGUGAAGCGCCACUGGAAGGAGACCGGAUCUGACAAGGGACAAUUCAAAUGUCCAUUCAAAGGUGAGGUUCAAGGGGGAGAUCAUUGUUGCCAUUCAACUGGGAUAUUCCUGAGAUGUGAUACUUUCAAAAACCAUUUGAAGGCAAUCCAUUUCCAAUAUCCUCUGGGCACCAAGAAGGAUCAACGUAAUAAGGUUGCAGGCACAUGUAGAGCAUGUCAACAACACUUUCAUAACGUUGAUGAAUGGAUGGUCCUGCAUGUCGAGAAGAACGCCUGUCCGUAUGCAGGCGAGUUCACCAAGAGUUAACCACAAAGGCGGCGGCAACAACAACAACAAACAAAUUGGCAACCCAAUUCAAAAACGGGAAAAAGGAAAAAGGAAAUGUAUAUAUAGGUUUAUAUGACUUUACAAUGAAC